CGCCCAUAAGGUAAGGUAUGGCGCCUUUGCGUGUUGGAUACGUCCGAGAACACUUCUCGUCACCCUUGCUGCAAUACGCCGACGAGGAUAAGGGCAAGACUUUCGUCCUGGUAGAAUGCCCCAGCGGAACAGGGCAGCUCAUUUCACGGUUGACUAACGAUGAAAUUGAUGUUGCCAUUGCUCUCACCGACCCCUUGAUCUCCGGAAUCGCCAAAGGGUCGGACGCAUAUAAACUGGUCGGGAGCUAUGUCACGUCCCCACUGAACUGGGCUGUCAUUACUGGAAAGGACUCCCAGUAUCAGCAGAUCUCGGACCUGAAGGGCACACCCAUCGGGAUAUCGAGGCCUGGAAGUGGAAGCCAGACCAUGGCUUUCGUUAUGGCUCUACAACAGGGUUGGCCUACCGAGGAGCUUCAAUUCAAAGUGAAUAACGACAUCCACGGACUAGUAAAAUCCGUCAAUGACGGCACUACUAGCGCGUUCAUGUGGGAAUGGUUUACGACCAAGCCAUGGGUCGACUCGGGGGAAGUCCGCUUCAUUGGUUCAGUCCCUACGCCAUGGCCCUCCUGGCUCAUAGCCGCGCACCCCUCGCCCGAGCGAGCUCCGCCCGAGACCCUUAAGACCUUCUUGAACACCCUGUCCACACAUGUUCGUGACUUCGACUCUGAGGAGAAGCGUAUCAAGGACGACGUGGAGUUCAUCAAGAAGACAUGGAAUUACCCUGAGGAGGAUGUCAAAGCAUGGUUGAAGACGGUCGGAUAUCCCCAGAAUUGCGCCUCAAUUCCGGGGAAGGUCAUCACAGAUACUCUCAGUGUCUUGGUGAAAGCAGGUGUCGUCAAGAGCCCAGAAGGGGGGUUCGAUGUCAACCAAUUCGUGAAUACGGCCAUCGCAAAUCUUGUCUGAUUGCGAAAGGAUGACUGUGCAGUAAUGGGGAAGCGCUUGCGGUGUUGUAUGAGGGCUGGCUGUAUAACCUAGGGAGAUGUGCCCCGAUAAGAAUAUAAAAAUACAAAAAUGAGUACUGCACCGGUG